AUGCCGAACUCUAAAUCCGAGGCUCAGGCGAAUACUGAUAAGAUCAAUGCGGCUUUGAAGAUCAUAGAGAGCAAACCUCCCAAGGCUACGUUGAAAGGCGAAGCAAAUUUGGAAGUUUAUACUUUAGAGGAUGGGAGAAGGGUCUCCACGAAGGAAAGGGUUAUCAAGAAUGUUGCACCUAUUACUAGUAAGAUUUCUACUGAUGAAGAGUUGUUUGAUAAGAAAACUGGACUACCCAACCAUGAGUUUUUGAGGGAACAUUUUAAGAGAGAGGGAAGACUUCAUGAGUCACAAGCAUUGAGAAUCUUAGAGAUGGCAGCUAGUUGUCUCUCCAAGGAACCUAAUCUGUUACAUGUACCUGCUCCAGUUACUGUUUGCGGUGAUAUUCAUGGCCAAUACUUUGAUCUCUUGAAACUUUUUGAAGUCGGUGGUAAUCCUGAGACUACUGCGUAUUUGUUUCUUGGUGAUUACGUUGAUAGAGGUUCUUUUUCCUUCGAGUGUCUGAUAUAUCUAUAUGCAUUGAAGUUGAACUUUAAUGGACAUUUCUGGCUGAUUAGGGGUAAUCAUGAAUGUAAACACCUGACGUCCUAUUUUACUUUUAAGAAUGAGUGUUUGCACAAGUAUACUUUAAAGGUUUACGAGGCUUGCUGCCGAUCUUUCAAUACUCUGCCUCUGGCUGCCUUGAUGAAUGGUCAAUACUUUUGCGUUCACGGUGGAAUUUCACCAGAGUUGACUAGCGUACAGGACGUUAAUCGAAUAAACAGAUUCAGAGAAAUACCUUCUAGAGGGUUGAUGUGCGACCUUGUCUGGGCCGAUCCUAUUGAGACAUACGAUGAGGAUGCCGAUGAUACCACUAUGGACAAAUUCACCCCAAACACCGUGAGAGGUUGUUCAUUCGCGUUCAACUAUCAGGCAGCAUGCGAAUUCUUACAAAGGACUGGACUGCUUUCGAUUAUCAGAGCCCAUGAGGCGCAGGAUGCCGGUUAUCGAAUGUACAAAAACACUAAGACACUGGGAUUCCCCAGUUUACUCACAUUAUUCAGUGCUCCAAACUAUUUGGAUACUUAUAAAAACAAAGCUGCUGUGUUAAAAUAUGAGUCCAACGUGAUGAACAUCCGUCAGUUCAACAUGUCGCCGCAUCCUUACUGGCUACCUGAUUUUAUGGAUGUCUUUACGUGGUCACUACCCUUCGUUGGUGAAAAGGUUACUGAGAUGCUCGUGUCGAUACUGAACAUUUGUACAGAAGAUGAACUGGGCGAAGAUACCCCAAUUAUUCGUGAACGAGUAGGUAAAAGCAUAGAAGAGGUAGAGGAGGAACCUGAAAAGACUGCCGAGCCAGUCGAGGAUGCUACACACACAAAGUCAAUACUAGAAGACGAAGCGCGGAGAAAAGCUUUAAGGAACAAGAUCCUAGCUAUCGCCAAGGUGUCUAGGAUGUAUUCUGUUCUGAGAGAAGAGAGGGAAAAAGUGAAGUAUCUGAAACACUUGAAUGCUGGUGUGUUACCUCGCGGAGCCUUAGCUCAUGGAUCUGAUGGAUUGAAUGAGACGUUGUCGACUUUUGAGAGGGCAAGGAAGCAGGACUUGGUAAAUGAAAGAAUGCCUCCAUCGUUAGACCAGACAAAUAAGAAUGACUUUUAUGAUGAGCUACUGAAAAGAGCAGAGAGGAAAAAAUGA